AGACGUUAAAAUAAACAGUUUUGUAAUAUAAAUUCUUGUUAAAUUUUCAUUCCCUACCGCAUAAUAUUUCACAAGUGUCUGCGGCGAAAUGUAAACUCUGCUGAGCGUUUUAUUGCAUUGAGCCGUUCUCAAGUCAGAAAAAUACAACUGAUAUUAUAUUUUUUGUCUAAAUUAUGAAAGCAGCCGAAAGCAUCAUACAAAGAAGGUGCAAGUGUUAACCUUUAGCACAGAAAUUUUGCGUGAACUGUGCAUAUGGGAAAUACUUCAUAAUACUCUAAUUUAAAUACUUAUAUUUCUAAGGGAUGCUACAUCAGGUGCACUAAUUUUCUUACUCAAAAUCGUAUUUAAGUCAAGAACAAUAUGUACUGAAUAAACAGAUGAAAUUGAUAUCAGAAAUAGCAUGUGGAAAGUGUUAAGCAUUGCAUAAACGCCCUGGAGCAGCUUGAACUUCGUCUGAGGUAACAUAAAUCACAUAAAGGUUGAAUAUAUUCUUUGGCCAAAACCAUAUUUGUAUGAAAUGCAGAAUUUUUAAUGACAUAUUACUGAAAAUCGUGUCAUAUUUGCAUCACACAACAGAUGAAUUUCAUGUGUAAUGUUAUUUGUGGUUUUCAGAAAUAUAAUUGCAGCAUAUUUGUACAGUAUACAGAAAACUAGUGUGAAGCAUCUAAAAUUUCAUUUGACUAUUCAUGCAGAGCAUGAAUACCAUUCCAAGGCAUGUAGGAGAUCAGGAUAUCAAAGCUGUUUGAAUUAAACUUAUGAGAGAAAUGACAUUUGUGUAACAAGUUAUUUAAAUAAAAAAAAGUAAUUUAAACAAGCAUAAUGUUUCUGUACACAGGAGACAAGCCUUAUAUGUGUGAGGUUUGUAACAAAUCUUUUAAACGGAAGAGUGCAUUAAUCAAGCAUACAAUUAUUCAUACAGGAGAAAAACCUCAUGUGUGUGAAGUGUGUAACAAGUCAUUUGCACUAAAAUGUUAUUUGAAGGUACACAUGCUUGUCCAUACAGAAGAGAGACCAUAUGCAUGUGUAAUAUGCAACAAGUCAUACAGACGAAAGAGUAAUUUAAAGGAGCACAUGCUUAUCCACACAGCAGAGAAAUCUCAUGUCUGUGAGGUGUGUUACAAAUCAUUUCGAGGAAAGAGCGAUUUAAAUAAGCAUAUUCUUAUUCACACAGAAGAGAGACCAUAUGUAUGUGUAGUUUGUAGCAAAUCAUAUAGACACAAAAGUAAUUUAAAUCAGCACAUGCGUAUCCACACAGGAGAGAAACCUCAUGUUUGUGAGAUCUGCAACAAGUCAUUUAGUGAAAAAGGUGAGAUGAAUAGACAUAUCCUUAUUCACACAGGAGAAAAGUGCUUUGAAUGUGAAAUAUGUACCAAGUCUUUUAAACAGAAAGGUGAAUUGAAGAAGCAUAUGUUUGUUCAUACAGAAGAAAAACCUCAUGUGUGUGAGGUGUGCAAUAAGUCAUUUGGAGUAAAGGGUAAUUUGAAGGUACACAUGCUGGUUCAUACAGAAGAGAGACCACAUAUAUGUGUAGUAUGUAACAAAUCUUAUAGACGAAAAGGUAAUUUAGAUGAGCACAUGCUUAUUCACACAGGAGAAAAACCUCAUAUGUGUAAAGUGUGUAACAAGUUAUUUAGAAAAAAAGAUGAAAUGAACAGGCAUAUUCUUAUUCACACAGGAGAGAAACCUUAUGUGUGUGAAGUAUGUAAUAAGCCAUUUAGACAGAAGAGAAGUUUGAAGGCACACGUGCUUGUUCACACACAAGAGACACCAUAUACCUGUACAGUAUGUAAUAAGUCAUUUAGAGAAGAAGGUAAUUUAAAUGAGCACAUGCGUCUUCACACAGGAGAAAAACUCCAUAUCUGUGAUGUAUGCAAGAAACCAUUUAUAAAAAAGAAUAAGUUAAAGUCUCAUAUGCUUGUUCACACAGAAGAAAGACCUCAUAUGUGUGGGAUAUGUAACAAAUCAUUUAAACAUACAAAUUAUUUAAAUCGGCAUAUGCUUAUCCAUAGCUGAGAAAAAUCUGACAUGUGUGCAGUGUAUAAUAAAUCAUUUUGAUGAAAAAGUAGUUUGAAGACACAACAUACUUGUCUAUACUGAAAGCAAACUCGGAACUACUCUGAUAUGCGCCCUCAAGUCGCCAAAUAUUUUUGGCGAGAAACUUCACGCUGCCAUAUUACUAUCUAAAUUUUUUGUCUACAUUUUGAACUUUUAG